GUAUGGAUAUAAUUUAUAUAUUUAUUAAAUUUAGCACCACGUUAGGGCUUAGUUCCAAACACUACAGAUUUUAGCAAAUACCCGUGUAUGUGACGAAAUCAGAAAAUUGGUUGAUCAGCAGCGAAAGAUGUCGAUCUUCGAGUACAAUGGGAGUGCCCUAGUGGCCAUGGUGGGGAAGAACUGCUUCGCCAUUGCCAGCGAUCGGAGACUCGGGGUUCAGCUCCAGACUAUCGCCACCGAUUUCCAGAGGAUUUCCAAGAUCCACGACAAGCUUUUCAUCGGUCUCUCGGGCCUCGCCACCGACGCUCAGACGCUCUACCAGCGCCUCGUUUUCCGCCACAAAUUGUAUCAGCUGCGUGAAGAGAGGGAUAUGAAGCCCGAAACCUUUGCUAGCCUAGUCUCUGCUAUUCUCUACGAGAAAAGGUUUGGUCCAUACUUUUGCCAACCUGUAAUUGCUGGACUAGGAGAUGAAGAUAAACCUUUCAUUUGCACCAUGGAUGCGAUUGGAGCAAAGGAACUUGCAAAAGAUUUUGUUGUAGCCGGUACUGCAUCUGAGUCUCUUUAUGGGGCUUGCGAGUCAAUGUUUAAGCCUGACAUGGAACCAGAGGAAUUGUUCGAGACUAUCUCCCAAGCGCUACAAUCAUCUGUCGAUCGAGAUUGUUUAAGUGGCUGGGGUGGACAUGUUUAUGUUGUCACCCCAACCGAAGUAAAGGAGACGAUAUUGAAAGGAAGAAUGGAUUAACUUUUAAGAGUGCUUGUUUAGAGACGUACUACUUUCCGAGGUUCCCGAGCGUGAAAGGGGAACUUUAUUGGAUAGACGUUCAAUCCCAUUUCAAAUGGAAAAACAAACAUGCUUAUAAGUCAACCAAGUCACCCAUUUCUUAUUAUUUUGUAACUUAGCUUGAAUUUAAAUGAUGAUCGUUUACCAUCAAUUGUGCAAGAUACCUUGUGAUUGUGGCAUUUAACCACAUGCACCUUGAAAAGUACUUCGCACAGUUUUUAGUCCA